AUGUCUUCCCCAUUCCCCCUUCUCCGUCUUCCUCGAUUGGUUCUGUGUGAGGUAUUCAAAUCAUUGAAUAUCGGAGAGAAAAUCAAGCUCUCUUUCUGCUCCAAGAAAAUCUCGAUUCAAAUCAAUAAUGCUCGUUUGUACUCUCAAAAAGUUACAGUCGAUCUGGACAUGUUUCAUCAAAUAAUCAAAGUCUUAUCUGAAAACAAAAAUGAUACCUUUGAAAUCUUCAAUUGUUGGAACUAUGAAAUAUGCAACAAACCCAACAGUAUAAAAAUUGAAGGGCGUGCUGUGUCUGUGAUCUUCUACAACAAAGCAAUCAAUGCAUUCUGGAAGAAUCAUCAAAAAGGAUUUCUAUCUGUAUUACGACCUGUGUUCACUUCAUGGCCACAGAAAAUUUAUAUCAUGAGUUCCGCUUGGUUCACUCUAAAAUAUCUCUUGACGUGCACUACUUGCACUAGAAUUACACUCGGGGGGUCUCUCCUGGAAAACCACGAUUUGGAUGAGACACUUUGGAAGUGGCAAACUGGAGGGUUCCCAAAUCUAGAGUUCAUGAAGAUCCAUGGUCGAAAUAUUACAAAUAAUGGAACGACGAUUUUGGGAAUGAAAUUGAGAGAGUUGGACAGAUUGGUUAUCCAAACUAAUGAUGGAUCAAAGAAGGCAACUAUUAAAACUGGUUACGGACAAGCCGGAGUUGAUGCUUCCCAAGAGGCUCCAUUCGCCUUCUACUUCGAUUGCUCAUCAGGGCCAGAUGGGCCAUCAGGACCACAAUGA